UUGUCUUGACCCUUUGACGUGUUAUCUUUUACGAGUUAUAAAAUACAAGGCCAUACCCACAUCCAUUCUACAAAUGGAAUGCUCUUGCGUUGUUAACAUGCCCACAAAACACAUGCGGUCCUCUUCUUCCUUUCUCAGAUUUCUGCUUGUGCUCUCUCUCGUAUCUCUCAAUGUUUUGACAGGACAAGCAUUCACAGGAACUUAUGGGGUAAACUAUGGUAGGAUAGCUGACAAUCUACCUCCACCGGGCAGUGUGGUGACCCUUCUAAAGGCAGCAAAGAUCAAAAACAUUAGAAUCUAUGACGCAAAUCCUGAUGUUCUCACAGCCUUCAAAGGAUCUGGAAUUGAAAUAAUGGUUUGUUUGCCAAAUGAACUUCUGAUCGAGGUCAGUGUCGGCGAGCAACGUGCCAUGGAUUGGAUAAAAGAAAAUGUGCAGCCAUACCUUCCUGGAACAUCUAUACGAGGAAUUUCAAUCGGGAAUGAGAUCUUGGGUGUUACUCCAAUUGAAAUAUGGGAGGCCUUGUUGCCUGCAUCAAAGAACAUUUACACUGCUCUUGACCGGCUGGGCUUGACAAAAGUGGUUCAGGUCUCAAGCCCACAUUCAGAGGCUGUUUUCGCCAAUUCAUUUCCGCCAUCCUCAUGUACUUUCAGAGAUGAUAUUCUUCCAUUCAUGAAGCCACUUCUGCAAUUCUUCUCGCAGAUUGGUUCUCCUUUUUAUAUAAAUGCUUAUCCAUUUCUGGCUUACAAGAGUGACCCUGAGCAUAUUGAUAUUAACUAUGCCCUCUUCAAAUCAAAUAAAGGAAUUUAUGAUGCAAAGACUAAAUUACACUAUGAUAACAUGUUUGAUGCCCAGGUUGAUGCAGCUUAUGCUGCUUUAGAAAAGGUUGGGUUUGGUAAGAUGGAGGUCAUUGUUUCUGAAACUGGUUGGGCUUCUAAAGGAGACGAUAAUGAAGCAGGCGCCACAGUGGCAAAUGCAAGGGCAUAUAAUAAAAAUUUGCGAAAACGGCUACUCAAAAAGAAAGGUACCCCCUACAGGCCAAAGAAACCUGUGAGGGCUUAUAUUUUUGCUUUGUUCAAUGAGAACUUGAAAUUUGGGCCAACUUCCGAGAGGAACUUUGGGUUGUUUAAAGCUGAUGGGAGCAUUGCAUAUGACAUUGGAUUCACAGGACUUGUCCCUUCUUCAGCAACCUCAUCUCUGAUCACUUUCAAGGGGAUUGGAUUAUCAAACUCGCUGAUUUUUACUAGUGCUACACUGCUGCUACUGAUAUUAACAUUGUAAUUAGUCAAAAGGUCAGGGCCUAUGUUCUUCGAGAUGGUCAGCCAGCUCAGGGAAGAAAUUCAAGGUCUUGGAUUCAUAAUUGUUGUAACAUUCGUUGUAUAGCCAAUUCAAUUUAUUCUUGUAUUAACAAACAUUCUUGAAAUAGUUGAUGACUCCAAUAUUGCC